CAUUCAGUAAGGUCUUUGAAGCCUUUCCCGUUCUUUUCACUGCGAAGGUCUCAGGCAUACUUCCGUGCGAUUUUCCUGUGUAUCUUUCUUUUGCUCUUCUGGCUAAAUCUUCCUCUGCUCGCCCGCUUGGAGAAACGAAUAGUCAGAGAUGACUAUACGACGGUAUUGCCUGGUCCUGCUUGGAACACCCUUCCUGGAGCAAAUGACACACUUGUAAUUAUGAGAACAGGGUCAACGGAGCUGCAAGACAAGUUGCCUAUCCACUUGGCUACGACUCUGCUUCGCUAUCCCAACAGCCUCGUAUUUUCUGAUUUUGAGGAAGAUUAUGAACAGCACCACAUCAUCGAUGCUUUGGAGAGCGUAAGCACACAAUUAAGAGAGACAAAUUCAGAUUUCGACCUGUGGCGACGCCUGAAGCAAUCUGGCAGAGCAGUUCUACGACCAGACGAACUUAGCGGAAAAGCAGUUUGGGUGGAUCAGGGUACCGGGAAAGCCAAAAACCCUGGCUGGAAAUUAGACAAGUUCAAAUUCCUGCCAAUGGUCAACCGCACUUUGUUUGAGGUUCCAGACAAGAAAUGGUAUAUAUUCGUCGAGCCGGAUACAUUCAUCUUCUGGCAAACUCUACUGGCUUACUUGUCCCACCUCGACUGGACCAAGCCAUACUAUCUCGGAGGACAGAUUAAUAUCGGCGGUAUAGAAUUCGGCCAAGGAGGAAAUGGCUAUGUCAUCUCUCGUCCCGCUCUGGAAAAAGUGGUGUCUCAUUACCAGACUCAUCAGAAAGAGUAUGAAGACUUUACAGAAGGCCACUGGGCUGGCGAUUGUGUACUGGGUAAAGCUCUCAAAGACUCUGGGAUAUCACUCACGCGUGCCUGGCCCAUCUUCCAGGGCGAUGAUAUUGGAAACAUGAACUACAACCACCAAACACAGUGGUGUCAGCCAACCGUGUCUUAUCACCACGUCUCCCCGUCAGAAAUUCAAGACUUGUUCGAUUUUGAGAAAGCCUGGAUGACAGACACAGCAAAUGACACCACCAGCUUCCUUCGUCACAGAGACGUGUACAGACUAUAUGCUCUUCCACGCAUGACUGCUCCACGGGUAGACUGGGACAAUCACAGUAAAGACGACCGAGGCCCGACGGAAUCCUUGGAGAGUUGCCGUGUACUCUGUGAGGCAGACAACGCUUGCCUUCAAUAUACAUACAAUGCCGAGAGCAGAUGUCUGACAACAGCUCGACCCAAUGUAGGGCAAGCUGCUUCCAACAUAACGUCAGGCUGGAUACUCGAGCGGGCACAGAAGUUUUACGAUGAAGCGGAAGAGUGUCAUGAUGUGAAUUGGAUAUCUUGAUGCGUUGCGAGUGCUACGAUUUUUGAACAAAUUAGAGGC